UACACGUCACGCAUGUGCUAGCUACCAAUGCCAAGCAUAUAAAAGCACAGUUCACAAAACAGAAACAGAAACAGAAACACUCACAAAAAAACUCUGACUGAGUACGUACAUGUUAUCCACCACUCACCAUGGCCACCACCACACCUUACAAAGAUGAAACUGACUACGACAGCAGCUCCUCCUCCAUCACCGUACCAGAAUCAACCCGAAGCUGGAUGACUAACCUCAGCUUCGGAAGCCGUCCUCGUGGAAGCUCCGUGUCCGUUUCUUCACUACUAGCCAGCUCCCAUGUUAAGCCUCAUAAGGCAAACCAAGUUGCAUGGGAGGCGAUGAGUCGACUCCGAAAGGACAGAGGUCGUCUCGGACUCGACCACUUCCGCCUCCUCAGAAGACUUGGUAGCGGCGACAUAGGGAAUGUGUAUCUUUGUCAAAUAAGGAACCCUGUUGUGGGUUUGGCACAGUGUUUUUAUGCUAUGAAAGUUGUUGAUAGAGAAGCACUUGCUAUAAGGAACAAACUACAGAGAGCAGAGAUGGAGAAGGAGAUUUUGGGUAUGCUUGAUCAUCCUUUUUUGCCAACUUUGUAUACUGACUUUGAUGCUUCUCAUUACUCUUGUUUGGUUAUGGAGUUUUGUCCUGGUGGUGAUUUGUAUGCUGCUCGCCAACGCCAGCCUGGGAACCGCUUUUCCAUUUCAUCCACUAAGUUUUAUGCAGCUGAGACACUAUUAGCAAUAGAGUAUCUACACAUGAUGGGAAUAGUAUACAGAGAUUUGAAGCCAGAGAAUGUUUUAGUAAGAGAAGAUGGACACAUAAUGUUAUCAGAUUUUGAUCUUUCUCUCAAAUGCGACGUCGUUCCGAAGCUCCUAAGAACCAAAACAAGAUCAGAACGUAGCAUCAAAACUACAACAAAGAGAACUUCUUCACCUAAUUCCUGCAUUUCUCCAAUGCAACCUGUUCUGUCCUGUUUCCUAUCAUCAACCAACAAAAACAAAACAACAGUUAUAACAGAAAAUGUUAAUCAUCAUCAAUCUCAAUUAGACCUUGAUCAUUUUGAUUUUGAUUUUGAUUUUGAUUUUGAUCCUGAGCUUGUAGCCGAACCGAUCGAUGCACGGUCCAAAUCGUUCGUCGGAACACACGAAUAUUUAGCGCCGGAGGUUAUAUUGGGACAAGGACAUGGAAGUGCAGUGGAUUGGUGGACAUUUGGUGUUUUUUUGUAUGAAAUGUUGUAUGGAAGAACACCAUUUAAAGGUGAAAACAAUGAGAAAACAUUGGUCAACAUUUUGAAGCAACCGUUGACUUUUCCUAGAAUUGGUGUGAGUAGUAGUUAUGAGUUUGAAGAAAUGGUGAAAGUUCAAGAUCUUAUAAGUAAAUUGCUGGUGAAGAAUCCUAAUAAGAGAAUUGGAAGUUGUUUGGGUUCUGUUGAGAUUAAAAAACAUGAGUUUUUUAAGGGUGUAAAUUGGGCUUUGAUUAGAUCAGUUAAACCUCCUGAAGUUCCUAAUGAUAAGAACAAGAUUAGGAGGAAUAAUAUGGUUUUGAUGCCUAAAUUAAGCAAGAAAGAUAGAGAUCAACCAUUUCAGCUUACUCAUCAUUUUGAUUACUUUUAAUUUCUUUUCACAUUCUAUGCAUACAACUGCAACUACUUAUCUCAAGAGUUAAGUUUUUGCUGUAAAAUGUAAUUACAAUAGUUUAGUAAAAACAGCUUAAUUGUGUUUUUUCAUAAAAGAAACUAAGGUUUCUUUCUCCCCUUGUUUUCUGUUUUCUUUUUUAUUUUAUUUUUUAUGUAUGAUCGAUGAGAUAGAGACUUAUAUAUAAAUUAAUUAAUGUAUGUUGACCAAGGCAGAAGGUAUAUAGUUCGGCAUACAAUGAA